GUGCCGUGCGUGAAUCCGCCGUCGCUACCGAGUGAAGUGCGUCUCUUUGAGCAGAUACCGGCUGAGAGAAACGGAAUACACGUCGGCCCGGACUACUUCAGCACCGCGCAGCCUCCGGUCCCACAACAGAACCCCAGAACUCCAUGUGGGAGGGCUGAGGAGGAACGGGCCGCUGGGAAGCAACUAUCUGAAGAAUCAGACAGAGAGAGAGAGAAUCAGACAGAGAGAGAGAGAAUCAGACAGACAGAGAGAGAGAGAGAGAGAGGAGCCGAGUUGCCUCCCAAGCGACGCUUUAACAUAAAAGGGAAGCGUCUUUUAGCUGUAAAAUGGACUAUGACUUUAAAGUGAAGCUGACCGGCGAAAGAGAGCGUGUGGAGGACCUGUUUGAGUACGAAGGGUGCAAAGUGGGAAGAGGCACCUACGGCCAUGUUUACAAGGCGAAGAGAAAAGAUGGGAAGGAUGAUAAGGACUACGCCCUCAAGCAGAUUGAAGGCACUGGCAUCUCAAUGUCAGCCUGCAGAGAGAUUGCACUGCUGCGGGAGCUGAAGCACCCCAACGUCAUUUCACUGCAGAAGGUUUUCCUGUCACAUGCAGACCGUAAAGUUUGGCUGCUCUUUGACUACGCCGAACAUGAUCUCUGGCACAUUAUUAAGUUCCACAGAGCGUCCAAAGCCAACAAGAAGCCCCUUCAGCUGCCCAGAGGAAUGGUCAAGUCUCUGCUCUACCAGAUCCUGGAUGGCAUCCAUUACCUCCACGCCAACUGGGUCCUCCACAGAGACCUUAAACCAGCUAACAUUUUAGUGAUGGGGGAAGGGCCAGAGAGGGGUAGAGUAAAGAUUGCGGACAUGGGGUUUGCCCGCCUCUUCAAUUCACCGCUGAAGCCUUUAGCCGAUCUCGACCCUGUGGUGGUCACAUUCUGGUACAGAGCACCUGAACUGCUGCUGGGGGCUCGGCACUACACCAAAGCCAUCGACAUCUGGGCGAUUGGCUGCAUCUUUGCGGAGCUGCUGACAUCCGAGCCCAUAUUCCACUGUCGCCAGGAGGACAUCAAGACCAGUAACCCUUACCACCACGACCAAUUGGACCGCAUCUUUAACGUCAUGGGCUUCCCUGCUGAAAAAGACUGGGAGGACAUCAAAAAGAUGCCAGAACACUCCACGCUGAUGAAAGACUUUAGAAGGAACACAUACACAAACUGCAGCCUUAUAAAAUACAUGGAAAAACACAAAGUCAAGCCAGACAGCAAAGCAUUCCACUUGCUGCAGAAGCUGCUGACCAUGGACCCCAUCCGUAGAAUUACAUCUGAGCAGGCCAUGCAGGACCCUUACUUUUUGGAGGAGCCCUUGCCCACCUCUGAUGUGUUUGCAGGCUGCCAGAUUCCCUACCCCAAAAGGGAGUUCCUCACGGAGGAGGAGCCGGAGGACAAAGCAGACAAAGUAAAAAAUAAAAACCAGCAGCAGCAACAGGGAAACAACCACACAAAUGGGGCGGGGCACACCGGUAACCCUGACAACAGCCAUGCCCAGGGCCCGCCUCUAAAGAAAGUGCGAGUUGUCCCGCCGACCACUACCUCAGGUGGCCUCAUCAUGACCUCAGACUACCAGCGCUCCAAUCCACAUGCUGCCUACCAGAACCCUGGACCAAGCACUUCACUGCCCCAAAGCAGCAUGGGAUACUCCUCUACCUCCCAACAGCCGCCCCAGUACUCCCACCAAACCCACCGCUACUGAGACACCCCUCUUACACACACACACACACACACACACACACACACACACACACACACACACACACACACACACACACACACACGUAUACACAGCCAUCACCAUGCCCACCUGGACGAAUGUACUGAGGAUUGUGGGGAUGUCCAGGGCAACAAAGCGACCUGCCCCUCCCCACAGAGGGCACUUUCUCUCCAGCAGUCUGUUAGGUCCCAAUGACAGCAAUCUACACUGCUACAAGAUAACACACACAUAACCCCAGUAUUAGAAACACUGCUAUAGAGCAUAACCUGAUGGGUGAAACACAACGCGGGAGGAUUAGAAGAAUGGAUACGAUUAUAGAUCUCAACCUGUUCCUGUGACUCAGGAGAAAUCAAGCAAGCUAAGAGAAGGCUUGGUUUUUGGGGGGGUGGACACGUGUUAAUCUGCUGUGUCAUCUCCUCCCCUCUUCUUCUCCACCUGUCUCCACACCCCCACCUACGUCUCACCCCAGCCAGUUACCCUCUUCCCAAUAAAGCUUGGAUGAGACUGAAAGCUGCUAUGUGACUGCCAGCGGUGACAGAUUCCUGUCCGACUGUCCGUCUGUCUGUCCGUUUAUUUUGUGUGUUUGGCCCUGUGAGGGCCUCAGCUGGGGACUGAUCUGAGCUGCUGUGAAGCAUGCUGGGAGGAUAUGGAGCCCCCACAGCUGUGGCAUUGAGGGUUUUUGUCAAGAAAAGGACAAAAAAAGAUGACAAAAAAGAUUUUAGUAGUUUAUAAUUUAAUCUGUUUUCAUGGUUUCAUUUUCAUGGUAAGUGUGGCGAAGCAGCUUGCGUGCUGAGCGCUCGGCUGCUGUAUGCUGUGGUCAAGCCUUACAACAUGAUGACAAAACCAACCAAUCGCAUGGAUGAUGGCAGAUGGAACAUGCAUUGUACUGUAUUGUAUUGAAAUAUUUUACAUGAAGCAAGUAUCCUGACAAUAAAGUGAAAACAUUGAUAUUGUUAAUUGUGUGCAUGUGCAAACAGCUGAUGAGUGAUGCAGACUUAGAAUUUUUUCUUCUUUCGUUUUAGUUCACAACAAGC